AUACCAUUACCCAUUAUUUAUAUUCCCUCGUAUCAACAUUCAGUAGCAAGUAAAAAGAGAUAAUUUUUGUUGAUUAUUUGUUGUUGAACUUGAUAAAUUUUGCUGAAAAAAUGGCAGAAGAAGUGAUUCUGUUGGAUUGUUGGUGCAGUAUGUAUGGGAUGAGGGCAAGAAUUGCACUUGCAGAAAAAGGUGUGAAGUAUGAGUACAAAGAAGAGGAUUUGAACAAUAAAAGCCCACUGCUUUUGGAAAUGAACCCUAUUCACAAGAAAGUCCCAGUCUUAAUUCACAAUGGGAAAUCAAUUUGUGAGUCACUUGUUAUAGUCCAAUAUAUUGAUGAAGUUUGGAAAGGAAAUGGUCCAUUGAUUCCUUCUGAUCCUUAUGAGAAAGCUCAAGCUUGGUUUUGGUCUGACUAUAUGGGUAAUACCGUACAUGAAUAUGCAGUGAAAAUAUGGGCAACAAAAGGAGAAGAGCAAGAACAAGCAGUUAAGGACUAUUUAGGUGGACUUAAGUUGAUAGAGGGAGUACUUGGUGACAAGCCUUAUUUUGGAGGAGAAAACUUUGGAUUUUUGGAUAUUUCUUUAAUUGGUUUCUACAGUUGGUUUCUUGCCUAUGAAACUUUUGGCAAGUUCAGUGUAGAGAAAGAAUGUCCCAAACUGAUUUUAUGGGUUAAAAGGUGUUUGGAAAGGGACAGUGUCUCUAAAACUCUUCCUGAUUCUGAGAAAGUUUGCGAGUUUGCCUAUGAGUUUGGAGUGGAAUGAAUGAGAUAAAGAGAAUCCAGAAUUUAAACUUAAUGAACUAAAAAUGUUCGUAAUAAAUGUUUUUCCUCUGAAACAUGUCUCUUUGUUGGCUUGGGUUUAAACCUUUAUUAUGUUUUCUUUUUUCUUUUUUUCUCUUCUGGCUUUUCACCUAUGUAAUAAAUGUUCUUCCUUUAUGAUGGGGAAUGGAUCUUCUAGUAUUUCUUGAUUUCUGUCAACAAGUAAAAGUAUUGUAAAUCUAUUCCUCUGGCCUGUUCAACAAUGUCAAGAUCUUGCAUUUUUUCA